AUGUUCGCCAAGCUCGCCCUCUUCCUCUCUCUCAGUGCCGCCGCUUUUGCCGCGCCCACCAACACCCUUGAGGCUCGCACUCUCGGUCGCGCUACCUACUACGACCCCAAUGGCGGCUACGGCGCCUGCGGCCAGCCGCUUCAGAACGGGGACAUGAUCGUCGCCCUCUCGUCGGACCAGUACCUCGGCGGUGCCAACUGCGGCAGACAGCUUGUUGCCACUCAUGCUGGCCGGUCUGUCACCGUCACCGUGCGCGACCUUUGCCCUGGCUGUGGCGCCAACGGCCUCGAUCUCUCGAGCGGCGCCUUCCAGCAGCUCGCUGCUCUCGCUGAGGAUUUAGAGUCUUGCAGCGCAAAGCAACUGACUCGGUACAACGCAAUUAUGAUCGCCGAACUGCUACUCGUUCUGGGCGGCCAUUCAUCAUCUCUUUUCCCAGAAAACCACAAGGUUCACUCCGCUUUCGUGCCUCUGCUUCACCCUGGAGAACAGCAAUGCAUCGAAGCACUAGGGCUGAUCGCACUCCGGUAUCGCAGGAUAAAGACCUCUUGCGCCACUUUGCUUUCUUCGUCGACCUCGAGAUAUGUUUCGGCCGUCUGCUCGACUCUCAGCCUCAUUCUCAAGUCCGAAUAUGAGGCGCUAGUAGUCGACACGGAAGCGAAGAUACUCAAGCGGGACGCAGACCUCGUCGCUCGAGGCUCUUUCGUCCCAUUGUCCUCAAUCAGGGCGAUCUUCUCCGAGUGGGACGCCCCGCUCGCUGCGCUAUGCUCGCUGAUGGACGAGAUCGAAGGGGAGGGACGAUGGCGACCAGGACCUCUCAUCGACUUGCUACAGACACGCUCGAACACCGGCAUCCGCCGUAUCGCCGACGUCAUAUCGCGCCUCUGCACCGCGGUUCAGCGCGUCUGGAUGACGCAGCUGACCGCGUUUCUCAUACACGGGACUCUGGUGCAACCAGAUCCACUCGCUUCGGAGGACUACACGCUGCUUGACGGUGCGGUUCCGAGCUGUGUCAGCGCACAAGCGCGAGAGUCCAUCGCAUAUGUCGGACGGGCAAUCGGCACGGUGAAGGCAGCGAAAUGGCAGAAGCAGCUACCGCGAAGUCUGGCGUCGGACCAUGCGGCGCUGUUGCAGACGGCCCUCCCGGAGGAUCAGCACGCCUUCGACCGUGUCGUGACCGAGAUUCGCACGAACAUCAGCGAGUGGCUGUGGCUGAAUGUUCUGACCCGGAAAGACGUCGAGGAGGCGGUAGACUCCCUAGCGAACUAUUUCCUCAUCCGCAACGGGGAAUUCUGCCUAUCGCUCAUUAGAGAAAUUGAGCGCCUCAAAUUAUCCAGAUUGACAGCUCGUUCGGGACCGUCCGCCAUGAUUCGCGAGCAGGACCUGAACCUCGCACUGUUACGCGCGUCCCUGGGCACCACCGCUCAACAUGACCCAACCCUCAGCCACUUGCGAUUCUCGCUGCCGACCGGCCCUCUCCGGCCACUUCUUCCUUCCCUCGCAUCGCAGCCGGGAUCGUCGCAGUCGAAUGAACUCUCACCAUUCGCAUCCUGCCUUCUCGGAACGCCGUUAGCCCUACACUAUGCAGUCUCCUGGCCGCUCGACCUUUUCCUGCAGCCUGCCGACCUGAGCGCGUACGGGGCGCUCUUCGCAUAUCUGACCGCGCUGCGGAAGACGCACGUCCGUGUCCACACGUGCUGGACCGCCCUGUCUAACGCGCAACGCGCACGCCGACGAUGGACGGGCUUGGGCGAAGGAGGCACCGCCGAGGAUGAGGGCGCCCGACGACGCCUGCUCCGCUGCGGUUGGGGCAUCGUGCGCGACAUGGGCUGGUUCCUCGACACCCUGCUCGGCUACCUCAUGACGGACGUCGUGGAUGCCGAAUUCGUGCGCCUCAAGGGCAUGCUAGCGCGGGGGGACCCAGGGCUGACCGCGACAACGAGCACGGGGUCCAUGCGCAAGGAGACCAAGUCGGAAUCGCGUCCGGUGGCGUUGGACUUUACGACGCUGCGCGUUCUGCAUGGGACGUAUCUGGAGAGGCUUGUUACGGGAUGUUUGCUCGAUAAUUCGGCGUUGAUGGCCAUUUUGAGCCCGCUGCUGGAGGUGUGCGAGCGGUUUGUGGCGCAAGUCGAGCGGUGGGGCGGUGAUGUGUUGCCUGCGCUGUUGUUUGAGGGAAGCCUGCGCGAGGGUGGAGAGGAUGUGGGCGCGAUGGUCAAAGAGCGGUCAGUCGUGGUAGCAGAGAUCAAUGAGACCCUCCGCGAAUUACUCGACAACUUCUACGAGCAGCUCUCCUUAUCAACCUCCCAGCAACCGCUGACAGGAACAGCCGCUGACGCAUCCCGCUCUCGCUUGAAUGCAACAGUAGCAGGCGCAACCUUCGUCAGCACGGCAAAUUACUCUGCGCUGCACAGCGCAUCAAAGACGAUGAAGGCCCUGGAUGGUGGCGCGGGAGAUGUCCGCCGGCACGUUGAGCGCUUACUUCUGCGCCUCGACUUCAAUGGCGGGUUCUCGGCGGCUAAGGUUCGACGCGCGGCGCGGACGGACAUUCUGGCCGAGGGAGGGCUAGCGUAGUGAAGGAGGCCUGGCAUAGUCAAGAGCGGGCAGGCGCAUUAGUGCCGCGGCUGGGCGGACUAGAGAUGCGAGGUGGGACGUAGGCUGCAAGGUAUGGAGGUCGAGGGGUGCGAAGGUCGGGGCUCCUUGUCGACUACUGGUAGGCUUAUCUUGGACACCUUCAUUGGACAAAGCGAUUGUAUUGUUCGCGGUCUAUCACAAGGCCAUUGUCAAUUCUUCCCGCUUAUAGGAGGGGGGCCUCAGCGGACAGGUACAGCCGCCUCGGUGGCAUAUUGAGGCGUAAAACAUGUUACAUACAGUCGUGCCACAACACGUUUUCUAGCACCCCCUCGUUCUCGGGCAGCCGGUCCAUAUCAGUGGCAUAACGAAUCACCCGACUAUAACUCAAACUGGCCCGCCGCCCGAUGGCUGCCCCCCUCACCCCAAAUGUUUACCAGGUCCUGAUUUCAGAACAAGUGAGGUUGAGAAGGUUCCGGCCG